CCUAGUUAGCUCAUUACUGCCACUGCCAGGUUCCAGCUACGUGGUCGACAUGGCGACCGACGAAAUACAACAAUAUUAGCUAUCAUAAAAACAGCUGAAGGUUGAUGGCAUUUAAUUGGAAAUUGUCAUACCACAUACUGAGUGUUCAUAAUGUCUGAACAAUUAGAUGAAAAUUGAUGUUCGGAAUAGUUUUAUUUUAUUACAGUGGAAUCUGUCAGAUCUUUUGCAUCACUCUGUUUUUUCGAAAAGAAAACAAACCCCACGCGACAACACACUUUAGGAUCUACCUUUCUUUGAAAAAGAAAGCAUCCGUCGAAGCUACAGUGCUUCCCCCAGAGACCUCCGUGGGUGACGAUGCCUGUGCAAGCGCCGCAAUGGACGGAAUUCCUGCUGUGUCCCAUCUGCACACAGCUGUUCGAGGAGAGCCUCCGCAAGCCCAUCAGCCUGGGCUGCGGCCACACCGUCUGCAAGAUGUGCCUGAACAAGCUGCAUCGCAAGGCCUGCCCCUUCGACCAGACGGCUAUCGCCACUGACAUUGAGCUGCUGCCAGUCAACACAGCCCUGCUGCAGCUGGUGGGAGGACAGGUGCCCAAACGGCAGCCGACCACCUUAGUGACAGGGGCAGAGGACAUAGCCCACUAUGAGAAAGCCAGUGAGUGUGUGGAGGAGCUGGCUCAGUACCUGAAACCCCUGAGCAACAGCAGAGGUGUGGGGCUGAGCACCAGCAGCGCCCAGAGUUCUCUGAGUCGGCCCAUGCAGAGGAAGCUGGUGACCCUGGUGCACUGUCAGCUGGUGGAGGAGGAGGGCCGGGUGAGGGCCACGCGGGCGGCCAGGUCUCUGGGGGAGCGCACCGUCACUGAGCUCAUUCUGCAGCACCAGAACCCCCAGCAGCUCUCCUCCAACCUGUGGGCUGCAGUCAGGGCAAGGGGCUGCCAGUUUCUUGGCCCAGCGAUGCAGGAGGAGGCUCUGAAGCUGGUGCUUUUGGCUCUGGAGGACGGCUCCGCUCUAUCCAGGAAGGUCCUGGUGCUGUUUGUGGUCCAGAGGUUAGAGCCACGCUUUCCCCAGGCCUCCAAGACCAGUAUAGGCCACGUGGUGCAGCUCCUCUACAGGGCCUCCUGUUUCAAGGUGACCAAGCGUGACGAGGACUCGUCCCUGAUGCAGUUGAAGGAGGACUUCUGGACGUACGAGGCGCUGCGGCGCGAACACGACUCCCAGAUCGUCCAGAUCGCAAUGGAGGGGGGCCUCCGCAUCGCCCCUGACCAGUGGUCUUCCCUGCUCUACGGGGACCAGUCGCACAAGUCCCACAUGCAGUCCAUCAUUGACAAGUUGCAGACGCCAGCGUCAUUUGCUCAGAGUGUUCAGGAGCUGACCAUCGCCCUGCAGAGGACAGGUGACCCGGCCAACCUGAACCGCUUGCGACCACACCUGGAGCUGCUAGCCAACAUCGACCCAAGUCCAGACUCCCCUCCCCCCACGUGGGAGCUGCUGGACACGGGCUUGGUGGCAGUGAAGACUGUGGUACACGGCCUGGUGGACUUCAUCCAGAACCACAGCAAGAAGGGGAGCGACCCACAACAGCCACCCCAGCACAGUAAAUACAAGACGUACAUGUGUCGGGACAUGAAGCAGAAGGGGGGCUGUCCUCGAGGAACCAGCUGCACCUUCGCCCACUCUCAGGACGAGCUAGAAAAGUACCGUAAGAUGAACAAGAGGCUGGCUGCCCGCCGGCCCCUCAGCUUAUCCCUGACGCAGCUGAACGAGGUUGGCCUAUUGCCCGAGGAGGUGGGGAUGCUGGAGGGGCUGGCACACAAGGGCUUGACGAAUGGCAUGGUGGCGUCGGUCACAGGCUCCGCCCUGCCCCAGCUCAUCUCCCGCGGUGCCGACCCCUCCUACGAGCCCAUGAUGCGGAAGUCCCAGGGAAGCCUAAGUGCCCCCAGCUCUCCUCCAGACUUCAGGGAGAACUCUUCUACCCCCCUGAGCCCAGGGCACCUCCAUCAGCCCUGCAGUAUGAGGCCUCCCAGAACGCCCCAGGUAACCCCCCCUACCCCUACCAGCCCUCUCAGUACCCACCCCAGCCUCGCUACGUCCGAAACCCCCCUCCCACCAAUGACCCGGCCUUGCCCCCCUACCCCGGCACCUACCCCCAGGAGCGCCAGUGUCCCCCUCCCCCUCAGCUCUCGAGUUCCCACUUCUCCAAUGCCAACCCCCAAGGGUUUGCGCCUCCUCCGCAUUAUGACGGCCGUCGACACCCCGCCUACCCCCCCUCCACCACCACAGUCCUAUCCCCACCGGGAGGACCCCUCCAUGCCUGCGGACGAGGCCUCCAGAGAAAGAUACCUUCCUGAGGGUUACCACCCCUCUGGCCCCCACCCCAGCCACAUGAGGCCCUACACCCCCAGGGAGUCUUACAGCCGGCCCCAGCCCACUCCCAGUCUGGACUACUUGCACCGCCGACGCCAGGAGAUCAUGGCCCAGCUGGAAGACGGGAAGCAGGUCACUCCCCCACCCUUCGCCCCCUCACCUACUCUGCCACACCACUACGAGUCCAACUACACACAGGAGCAACAGCAGUAUUUGGAAAACUCACAAGCGUUUUCAAAGUACCGCGAGCCAGACUACGCGAGCCAGUACUCUCCUUGGUCAUGUGACACUAUCGGCUCCUACAUUGGCAGCAAGGAGGGGAAGUCCAGAGACAGUAUGGAGAGGAUGAAUGCUGAGGGGAAAGGUGUGGAAGGCAGGCGCAGGGCUGCCGAGGCCAGAGAUGACGACCCUAUCAUCCCCUUCGGCUCUCUGCCCACCGUGUCACGCUUCGGGGUGAUCUCCCGCACCCCCAAGACGGGCUACUUGACUGCCGGGCCGGGGCAGGCCAUGACCCUCUCACAUGGGACCAAUGGCCCCAAACACAGCGCUGCAACAGGGUGGGGUGCUGCCGGGUACAGCCAGCCCCCUCAGGCCCACCUCAGUGAACGGCCAGUCAAGGAGAGGGAGCAGCUGACGAUGGAGCUCCAACAGGUCAAUCAGCAGAUCAACAAGCAGACUGCCCAGGCGGACCAUCCCAGCCCGGAGGAGUGGUCGUCAGGGAACAUCUCCAGCCAACAGCUGAGCCUGGAGCUCCACCAUGUGGAGAGGGAGAUCGGCAAGAGGACCCGCCAGAUAGCCCUGGAGCACCUUGUGAGUCAUGAUGGGAGUGGGGCUUAUAAGCUGAAGCCCACUGAGAACGGGCAGAGAGCGGAGCACUCGUUGGUCCUCAGUGAGGGCUGUAACUGUCCCAGUGGUGUGCUGCAGGACGGCUGUGUGGCCAGCUGUGGUUUGUCCUGCCUUACCAGCAAGACCUCAUCCCUCAGCCUGUCUGCAGACCUCUCCAUCGCUGGGGGCACUGACCGAAAGACCAACGGCGUGGUCCACCUGUGCUCCUAGUCACACAACUGGAGUCUGGUAUUACCACCACAGCUACAACUAACCGAUCAGUCAACUACAUAGAGCCUUGGGAAACCUUUCGUCCUCUGAACGUUAGAACCGUUCUACUGUCAUUUUGAGACACAACCAGGUCCUCCAAACUGUCUGGUAUACCCUACCUACAUCUACAUUUGCAAAAUCUGAUUGACGCCACUAAGAGAAUUUUAACUUGAUUACAAAACGUGUAGAGAGAGGCGGCACCUCUCUCCUUGCUUAAAAUGGCAAGAGACCGUUCUAGGUUUCUUACAAAGAGGGAUUUGUGAUAGAAGGGCUAGGAGUAUCGAAGUAACUGAAAAAGCCACUGAUUUGCAAAUGUGGAUGUAGUGCCAUCAUAGACAACGGCACUUCAUUUGAUACAACACAAAUUUGCACACUUGCAACUUUAGUCUGUCUACAACUAAGCAGUAUCUGCCCUGAAUUUAAUAUUUUUUCAUUUUUGUUUUUUUUGUUCUGUGAAUGAAUGUUUUUUUCAUAUAAAAUCUCACCCUGCCUUGGAAACAAGAUGUUUAGAUUCCAUGAACUCAAACCCAAUAAUGAUUAGAAGAAGAAUAUAACGAUGAGACCAGUUCCUUGGUUUCAAAUGGAUAAGGCCACCAUAAUCGCAUUGACAUUAAUUACAUCUGUUAGCUUCAAAAUGUGCAAUUUUAUUUAGUAUUUUUUUGGUAGCAUCGCUACAGCAAUAUUUGUGCUUAGCAUAUAUGCAUGUCCUGAAAUGCAGACUUUGUGUUUGGAAUUAAUUGUAAGUUCUUGUUUCUAAGCUGCAAUGUUAUUCGCCUACCUUCUUUUUUGGUUUGUUGUUUUUUUGCUUUUCGUUAAGUUUGACUCUUGGUUCUCUGGAGGACAUUUACAUCUUAGCAAAAUAUCUCCAUCGCAUAGAAACAAUACUGGUUGGCAAACGGCUGUGAAUAUGUUUGCGCAUAUCCAAGAUAAUACAAAUUGAAGAUGACACUGGCCUCUUGAAGGCAGAGAACGCCUUUCAACUGGGCAAUUUUAAGAUUUAGAUGAAACUAUCAGAUACAUUUUAACAAGAAGAAAAGGCUCCCUUGUGUCCACUUCAGUGGCUUGACCCUCUUUUGGCAUCUCCCCUCACUACUACCACCACCUUCAGGAUAUUUACUUCAGCCUCUACCAUCCAUGCUUUGGUAUGGGGCUGAUGAGGAAAAUGAUAUAUACAUUUAGGCUUGGCAUUCAAGCUGUCGUCUUUUGGGUUUAAAUGCAGUGAUGGACUAGGUGGGAGGGAAUCACAACAUGGGUCAAGCAUACGUCUGUCUGCCUGUUGAUUGGGGGGGGUCAGAGGUACUGGGUAUAUGGAGUAAAGGAAACAGGAACGAAGCCAGACAUGACCCAUGGCUGGAAUUUGAGACCUUGAUCUACAAAACAUAUUUGCACUUUCAUAGCUUUAAGGAUGGUUUGUACUGAGUAUAUGUAUUUAUUAAAUGUACAGUAUUUGCAUCCUGAGGAUGGAUAUAACAUUAAAAGGUCAAAUUUAAAACCACAUUCUGUUUUAAGAACGUGUAGUUCAAGAUGGCCAUGGUUGCUCCCUAAGGUCCUAAUAGUGUUGGCCAUGUUGUACAGAGCAGGGUUCAAACAGCCACUCUGUUUUUAUACAUCAAUCUACUGUAAAAUAAUGUAUUUUUCUGUAGAGUUACGACAUGUUCACUUCAACAAUUGUGACACCCGGUAUGCUGUCAACAUACCCGUAACACCGCAAAUUACAGGAAAGGUGAAAUUCCUUUUUCAGUUCCUCAUCUCCACUCCUCUGAGCACCUUUUUCACCAAUCGCAGCAGACAUUUGUCUAGUUUUAAUUUAUUUUAACUUCCAAGAAGUUGCUCUAGUAAAAGGGUUUGUGAUGCGUUCCUGGAGGAGGCUUUAAUCAUUUGUAGAUGGGGGUCGAUGCAUAGGAGGUGACAGGCCACUGAACUGGGCUAAGGCAGAACAACAGUUAGCAAAGCAGUUAGCAUCACUGGAGACAACCACAGCACCACCCCACAGGGUGAGAGGAGACUAGGAAAGGCAUUUUGAUGACACCAAAUAAGUGCUUUUUCCCAAAUAUGAACAAAUUAAGUGCUGCAGUUGCAUUAUCUGCAUUACUUUUACAUAUUUUAUGUGCUUAAAUUAUCGCCACCCCUCACACAGAUGCAAUUUGUUACUCCCAGAUGCAUGCGAACUAUGAAAUUAAGUACUGCAAGCUUACUGUCCUUCUUGGUAAGAUGAAUUCACAGAAUGUAUUCAAAGGUGUCAUAUUGUGAAAUGGUGGCUGGGAUAUUCCAUUUUAAUUCAAAAUAUAUCCAACAACUGGAUUAGUGAAACUUGUUUUAAAUCUAAUCUUUGUUUUUAUGGAAAUAUUUAAAUAUGUUUUUUAUUUUUUGUUACAUCUCACUUUUUGAGAUUUUAUUUCAAAUAUGAAAUGGCUUACACUGUAUAUGUAUAGACUAUGUACACAUUAUACUGUACUGUAUUUGUACAGUAUAUGCACAUUAGAGUAUAUACACAUUAUACUGUGUGUAUAUACACAGUAUACUGUAUUUUCAAAGCCAGACAAUGACAGACUUAAGUCAAUUCGUCUCCUAGAGAAGUUCUCUGCCUUCUGUGCACAUGACAUUGAAAUGUCCAUUAGUCCUCAAAAGUUGCUGCCUUUUUUUGAGUUCUCCCCAGUUUGUCCCAAUGCUUUGUCUGCACUCAUGUCAGAGCAUUGGAUAGCAAUCUAGCAAUAUUAUAGAAAAUGACUGUUAUCAAGAAGACAAUAUAGGCUACUCAAUGCAGUUUGCAUUACUCUUCAUGCUAAUCAUAACCGAUGGUCCUUCAACCCUCCUUAUUAAUUGUGACAGAGUUAAGGACAUGAGGACACAGUCCCUUAAUUGGCAUGGCAUUAUGCAUGUUUGUGGUUACAGAAGUUAUCUGGCUUUAGUCACCUCUGUAUCAUGUAGAGGGAAAUUAAUUGCGUUGUAGUGUAGCCAUCGUGGUGGCUAAAUUAUGGUGGUUGUUUUGUAGUAGUUUUAGAGCACUUCAUAGGAAAAUAAAAUAUCAUUGUGCAAAAGCACCUGUAGUUCUGGGGCUGAACAGAACUGCAGUCAACUAUGCUGUGUGCAUACAUAGCCCAUAAAUAUUUUGUCAUAAGGUCACAUGACUUGCUUUCCAUACGGAAAGAAUUUCCAUAUGAUAUAUUUGUUUGAUCUCUGUGGCUUUGACAGAACUUCAUGUUGGUUAUCUGAUGAGCAGUGUUGUUCCAGAGGUCAAAUGACUAUCAAUACAUCUGUCAAACCAUAUGGCAAAAUCAACUACAACAAUCGCAUUUGGGACUGAACUUCAGGUAAUGCUUACGGUUCAGUUUCAGAUAGCUCUAUGUAUUUGGACGAAUGUUCCUCCAUCAGUGUCAUCAAUACAACAUGUCUCCUUACUCCUGUACAUCCAUCAGUGUAGUGUCAUCAAUACAACAUGACUGAGCCUUUUAUAAGGUGACAUGUUCCUCCAUCAGUGUCAUCAAUACAACAUGUCUACCUAUAAAAGGCUCAGUCAUUGCCUUUCCAAAUGUGGGUUAAUCAUGCACACUUUUGUCUUGAAGGUAUGCAGAUCUUUUACAGAGAAAAUCAAAGUCCUCAGGACUUGGUUGAGAGUCGUCGGGGUGUUAGCAGCUAGGCCAGCGAUGCUAAUUUACCAAUUUAGUGAGAUGGGUCAAUAUACAGAUUUACCGUGACUUGACUCGGUGUUGAGGAAUUGGGAUGUCUGAGAUUAGAUGUACACUACCGUUCAAAAGUUUGGGGUCACUUAAAUGUCCUUGUUUUUGAAAGAUAAACACUCCCCCCCCCAUUUAAAAUAACUUCAAAUUGAUCAGAAAUGCAGUGUAGACAUAGUUAAUGUUGUAAAUGACUAUUGUAGCUGGAAACAGCAGAUUUUCUAAUGGAAUAUAGGUGUACAGAAGCCCAUUUACCAUCACUCUUGUGUUCCAAUGGCACUUUGUGUUAGCUAAUCAAAGUUGAUCAUUUUUAAAGGCUAAUUAAUCAUUAGAAAACCCUUUUGCAAUUUUGUUUAGCCAGUUAAACUGGCCUUUAGACUA